AUGUUGGGCAGCAGUCUUUUACAGAUCCUUUCUUUCCUUGCCGGGAUUGGCCACGCCGUAAAUCUCAAGGUAGCCAAGGAUGGAGGAAAUGCUUCAUCCCCGCUCAUGUACGGAGUUAUGUUCGAGGAUAUCAAUCACUCCGGCGACGGAGGUAUCUAUGCUGAGCUGAUCCAGAAUCGCGCAUUCCAAGGUAGUACCGAAUUCCCGUCCACUCUGUCCCCUUGGGAAGCAGUUGGCAAUGCAGAAUUGACCCUCCAGAAUACUACUGUGCCACUCUCCUGGGCUCUUCCAACAUCCGUGAACGUGGCUCAAGGAGUCGGUUCUGUGGUGGGAGGAGUAAUCGGUCUGCAAAAUCCCGGGUGGUGGGGAAUCAGCGUCAGGCCGCAACGUUACACGGGAAGUUUCUGGGCACUGGGCUCCUAUAAGGGCCAGUUCACUGUGAAGCUGCAAUCAGCAAUCACAUCCCAUGUCUGGGCAAGCGUGGACGUCAGGUCAGAAUGCCAGCAUGCUCCUAAUACGAACAACACUUUCGUGCUCGAGUUCCAUCCAGGACAAGGCUCGGUCAAUUUCAAUCUGAUUAGUCUGUUUCCCCCAACGUAUAACAACAGACCAAACGGAAAUCGUCCGGAUCUGAUGAAUGGCCUGAAGGGCCUUAAGCCAAGCUUUUUCAGACUUCCAGGAGGAAAUAACAUAGAAGGAGAUACCUUCGGCUAUCGCUGGAAAUGGAAUGAGACCAUUGGCCCCUUGACCCAACGACCUGGACGGCCAGGAACAUGGGGCUAUGAGAAUACCGAUGGACUCGGCCUCGUUGAAUAUCUUCAAUGGUGUGAAGACCUUGAAGUCGAGCCAGUUCUUGCUGUGUGGUCAGGAGUGUACCUGAACGGGUAUAACAACGUCGAUCCCGACGUGAUCCCUGAGGCAGAUAUUGGAAUUUAUGUUCAAGAUGCAUUGAACGAGUUGGAGUUCAUUAUGGGUGACGUGAGAACCAAAUACGGGGCUUUGAGAGCAUCUCUUGGCUAUCCUAAGCCGUGGAAGAUAAAUUAUGUUGAAAUUGGCAACGAAGAUAACCUUUCUGAUCCCGCCUCAUAUGCAAGCUACCGCUUUAUGGCUUUUUACGACGCAAUUCACGCUACUUACCCUUGGAUUACACUCAUAUCAUCCACCGGUGAUCUAACGGCUACUGCUGGCCACAGCGGAACCGAUUAUCAUGAGUAUGCUAGACCCAACAUCUAUGCCACCCAGUUCGGUCUGUGGGACAACGCAAACCGUUCCCAUCCUAUCUUACUUGGUGAAUAUGCAACCAUACAGCCUAAUAAAGCCAAUACAUCCGAACCAGUUGACUGGAGUGGUGCUGAGCCGCGAUUGCAAUAUCCAAUCUGGGUUGGUGCCGUGGGCGAAGCGAUUUAUACCCUUGGUGCCGAGAGGAACAGUGAUGUCGUGAUCGGUGCAAGCUAUGCACCAGGCUUCCAGAACUUGAACGACUUUCAGUGGGCUCCUGAUCUCGUCUCCUUCAGCGCAGACCCAGCCCAAGAUGUUUUCUCGACCAGCUACUAUGCUAUCCAACUUCUCUCCUCCCACCGCUAUACCCACAGCGCACCAGUGACUUCCGAUUCAGGAUUUGGACCCGCCUUUUAUGUCGCAGGUGUCAACGACGGGACAACCGAGUAUACCUUCAAGGCCGCCAUUUACAAUACUACUGCCCCCGUACCAUUCAACAUCGAUUUCGAGGGCCUGGAUCACGGUGCUAGGGCUACCCUUACGGUUCUCAAUGCACCAAGUGGACUCUCAUACAAUGCUGUUGGAGGAGAGAAUGUAGUCAAGCGCACCGUUACCGAGCUAAGGGCACAGAAGGGUGGAGUUUUCUCAUUUGAGCUGAAGGAGUAUGAUAUUGCAGUCUUGACUACCUUCUAA